AUGAUGUUAUCAAUAAAUGAAAAUGAAUUCUAUAUUCAAAUACAAUCAAUAAUUAUUUAUUUAUUAUCAACAAUAUUUGUUACACUUAUUAUUUCUAUAGGACUUGUUACAUCAACACAAAUAUCAGGUUAUCAUUUACAAAAUGUUUAUUUUUUAGUUAAUAAAAAUAGUUGUACAUGUGAUUGUUGGGAUGGAUUUUUUCGUGGUAAACAUUCACGUGGUGGUUAUAAAAUAUUUUAUUUUAAUUAUGAACAACAAAUAAUUAUUAUAUUAUGUCUUAUAAUUUUUUAUAUUGAACUUUUACGUCAAUAUAUAAUAAAAAUAAUAUUUAAUAAACAAUUUAUAUUAUUAUUAUUAAUACCAGGAAUUUAUUCAAAUUUUUAUGGUAUAUGGUCAAUUAUUAAUUAUAUAAAUGAUGGUGAUUAUUAUCGAAUGUUAAAAUCACAAAUAUAUUUUUCAUUAACAGAACUUAUUGUUACAUAUAUAUUUUAUCAAUGUUUAAUUAUAAAAAAUAAAAAACAUAUAUCAAUAUGGUUUAUUUAUAUAUUAGGUAUAAUAUCAUUUUUACAUGUUAUUAUUGCUUUUGGUGAAUUAAAUUCUGAUGAAAUAGGAAGAAAUUUUGCACUUAUUUUAUCAGAUUUAAUAAAUCUUUUUUGGAUUAUAAUAAUAUUUAUUAAAAAUUCUCGUUUAAGACCAAAUAAACAAACAAUAUGUAUAUCAUUAUGUAUUACUUUAUGUUUAUGGUUAUUUUAUCAUAUUGUUUGUCAAUUUCGUGAAUAA